CCUCCUGGCCUUGUAGGAAAAUGCUCCUGGUGCAUGGGACUCUGCUGUUUAGUAUUUCCUUCAUGUUUUCCCUUUUUGGAUAUCUGACUGGGGCAAGGAGACAGAGAGGAAUUUGAUUCACUGAGAUUCAACGAACGGGCUUCAGUUCACACAUCUCAUUCCAUGCUCCCCAGAGCCCUCCCGGAAGGGACUAUGAUCCCAUGUUACAGCUGAAGAAACUGAGGCACAGCGCCAAGGGCAGAAACUGACACACAGAAGGGGGGCGGCAGUGCCGUCCCCCUAACCGGAUGGGGAAAGCCGAGUCCCCUCCGCCCACCUCCGCCUCUUGUCACCUCCUCCCCACCCCUUAGGGGCCCCCGAGGACGCCCCCAGCCAGCCCCGGGGAGGCCUGGAGCGCCGGCCAGACUGCAGGGCGAGGUAUGCGUGGUCCCAGGCGCGCGCUCCCGGCCCCACGGCGCGCCCGCAGGCCCCAGGGGCCGGUCCCCCCACCACUCCCGCGCACGGCCCGGAGGUCAGUUCCUCUCUCGGCGCGACACCGGCCGGCUGGGUGCUGGAGCGCGCCGACGGGGGAGCAGGCACGAGCGGCCCCUGUCCCCGGAGUGGGCCACCCGAGAGCCCUUCCCCGCCAGCGCGGGGCUCAACCCACCCCUCCGGCUGCUCGCUCCUCCCCCUGACCCCAGCGCACCCCCACCUCCCCGCCCCAGCCAGGCGAGGCUCACUCCGCCGGCGACUCGCCUGCAGCGGCCGGAGCCGCGGGAGCUGCGCGCUCGCCAGAACUCAGACGGCGGCAGGAGCCCUGGCAGCCUCGGGGUCGGGGACGCCAUGAAUGGCUCGGGUGGCCCGCGGGCCGAGGACGCCAGUGAGGCGAAUGGCAGGGACAGCUGGCAGCCCGAGGCGGUUAUCGUGCCCAUGUUGUUCGUGCUCAUCUUCUUGGUGGGCACCGUGGGCAACGCGCUGGUGCUGGCCGUGCUGCUGCGCGGCGGCCAGGCGGUCAGCACCACCAACCUGUUCAUCCUCAACCUGGGCGUGGCCGACCUGUGCUUCAUCGUGUGCUGCGUGCCUUUCCAGGCCACCAUCUACACCCUGGACGGCUGGGUGUUCGGCUCGCUGCUCUGCAAGGCCGUGCAUUUCCUCAUCUUCCUCACCAUGUACGCCAGCAGCUUCACGCUGGCCGCUGUCUCCCUGGACAGGUAUCUGGCCAUCCGCUACCCGCUGCACUCCCGAGAGCUGCGCACGCCUCGCAACGCGCUGGCUGCCAUCGGGCUCAUCUGGGGGCUGUCGCUGCUCUUCUCCGGGCCCUACCUGAGUUACUACCGCCAGUCGAAGUUGGCCAACCUGACUGUGUGCCACCCGGCGUGGAGCGCGCCUCGUCGCCGCGCCAUGGACCUCUGCACGUUUGUCUUCAGCUACCUGCUUCCCGUGCUGGUGCUCGGCCUGACCUACGCGCGCACCCUGCGCUACCUGUGGCGAACGGUCGACCCGGUGGCCGCCGGUUCGAGCGCCCGGCGCGCCAAGCGCAAGGUAACGCGCAUGAUCAUCAUCGUGGCUGUGCUCUUCUGCCUCUGUUGGAUGCCUCACCACGCGCUCAUCCUCUGCGUGUGGUUCGGCCGCUUCCCGCUUACACCUGCCACCUACGCGCUGCGCAUCCUCUCGCACCUGGUCUCCUAUGCCAACUCCUGUGUCAACCCCAUCGUCUACGCGCUCGUCUCCAAGCACUUCCGCAAGGGCUUCCGCAAGAUCUGCGCAGGUCUGCUGCGCCGUGCCCCACGUAGAGCCUCAGGCCGCGUGUGCAUCGCCGCACAGGGGACCCACCGCAGCAGCGUCCUAGAGCGCGAGUCCACCGACGGGACGCACGUGAGCGAGGCUGCCGGGCCCCCCGCCCCCGUGCUGGCACCUCUCAGCAGUCCCCCGGCCUUGAACCUGGUACCCGGGCCAUCCUGGCGGGACCAAAAUGCCCCCAAUGGCAUCCCGGCAGUGAAUGCGACCUGAGGGCACUUAUUGAGUAUGCUUUGGUGUUAAAGGAUUGGAGUCAGAGGUUGGGGGGGGG